GAAGAAUUCAACGUUACCUAUCGAAGUAAAUACAACAGACAUUGCGGGCAAGGAUAAUUAUUCUGCCUCUGUUUCAAAUGAGGAGCAAUAUAAUGACAAUAAUGAAAAUAAUGAAGAAAAAGAGACAUACCCUCCAUAA